CUCAUUGUCUGAGGGAGAGAGAGGGAGGGAGGAGGGACGGUCGGGCCGAGCGACAUAGACAAAGACCGCGAGGGAGAGAGAGCGAGCGGUGGAGAGACCUAUAGACAAAGAAGAGGGACGAGUGUGGCUUUCUUUCUUCAUGUGGGGGAGGAGAGGGGGAGGAUUAAGAGUCUGAUCUGACACACACACACACACACACACACGCACACACAACAACACAACACUGGGGCUUCAUCUGGACCAGCAGCAUCUUCACCAUCACCACCACCAUCCUCCUCCUCCUCAGCAGCAGCAGCACCAGGGCGAGAGACAAAGACUCAGACAGAGAGAGAGAGAGAGAGAGAGAGAGGAAGGAGCGCCAGGCCUUCAUCACCUCGACCGCCCGUCUGCCUUCAGACCGUCAUGGCCGACCACAUGUUCUGCAGCUGAGUGUGUGUGUGUGUGUUGUGUCGCUGUCAGUGGGUGUGUUCAGUGUGUGUGUGUGCAACGAGUGUGUGUGUGUGUGUGUGAUGGGGAACGCAGAGAGCAUGGAGAGUCAGCUGGCCGUCAUCCGGUCCAGAGCAGCCCCGGUCCGUCUGCCCAUGCCCGACCCCCAAGAGCUGGAGGAGAGGUUCAGCAUCGCACUGAACUCCAUGAACCUGCCACCAGAUAAGGUGCGUCUGCUGCGUUCCUACGACAACGAGAAGAAGUGGGAACUGAUCUGUGACCAGGAACGGUUCCAGGUCAAGAACCCUCCACACACCUACAUCCAGAAACUGAGGGGGUUCCUGGACCCAGCCGUCACCCGCAAGAAGUUCCGCAGGAGGGUACAGGAGUCAACACAGAUGCUCCGAGAACUGGAGAUUUCCCUUCGCACAAACCACAUUGGGUGGGUCAGGGAGUUCCUGAACGAGGAGAACCGUGGUCUGGACGUUCUGGUGGAGUACCUGUCAUUUGCUCAGUACGCCGUCACGUUCGAUGGGGAGCUGUCGGACGCCGGGGGUGAGGUGUCAUCCAUCGACUCUCCCUGGAGUCGCUCCAUAGAGGAUCUCCAUGGUGACUGCAGCCUCCCCUCCCCCUCCUCCUCUGUUCCCCGAGCGGCCCGUCACUCCAUCAGUUCCACUCUGGUGACUCGCUCUAACACACUGCCCAGCCGACGGACGCUCAAGAACUCCAGACUGGUCUGUAAGAAAGACGACGUCCACGUGUGCAUCAUGUGUCUGCGCGCCAUCAUGAACUACCAGUACGGCUUCAACAUGGUCAUGUCCCACCCCCACGCCGUCAACGAGAUCGCCCUGAGCCUCAACAACAGGAACCCCCGGACGAAGGCUCUGGUGUUGGAGUUGUUAGCUGCAGUGUGUUUGGUCAGAGGAGGACAUGAGAUCAUCUUAUCUGCCUUCGACAACUUCAAAACUGUCUGCUCAGAGUCGAUGCGUUUCGAAAAACUCAUGGAACAUUUUAAGAAUGAAGACGACAACAUCGACUUUUUGGUGGCCUGUAUGCAGUUCAUUAACAUCGUGGUUCACUCAGUGGAGGACAUGAACUUCAGGGUGCACCUGCAGUACGACUUCACCAAGCUGAACCUGGACGAUCAUCUGGAGAGGCUGAAGCACACUGAGAGCGACCGGCUGCAGGUGCAGAUCCAGGCCUACCUGGACAACGUGUUUGAUGUCGGGACGCUGCUCGAAGACGCCGAGACCAAAACCGCCGCUUUGGAACGAGUGGAGGAGCUGGAGGAGAACCUGACCACGAUGUCGGAGCGUCUCCUUGACGUGGAAAACGAAGCUAUGCUAAAGAUCGUGGAACUGGAGAAACAGCUGAUGCAAACCAACAAGGAGCUGGACCAGCUGAGGGAAGUGUACGCCAGCGCCAACACGCAGGUGCACACGCUGCGGAGGAUGGUGCGUGAAAAGGACCAGACCAUCCGGCGCCAGAGCCGGCUGGAGCGCCAGGCCCAGGAGGGUCCGCAGGGGGGGGGGCCGGACCCUCAGCCCCAGAGGGGGGAGGGCGACGGGGGCGUGGCCGACUCCGCCUCCCCCUCUCCUCCUCCGUGUCCGAACCUUUCACCCAGUCCGGAGACUGUGGCCUAUCACAGUAUGGGACCAGGGCUGGGUGGAGCUCCAGGUAUGCCGGCCCCGCCCCCUCCUCCUCCUCCUCCUCCUCCGGUCCCAGGUGGCGUGUCCAACGGACCGUACUCGGCCCCACCCCCUCCAGCUCCUCCCCCUCCCCCUCCACCGCCCCCUCCCCCCUGUCGGACCAGUGAGCUCUCGUCCUCGGUCCCCAUGCCUCCUCCCCCGCCCCCUGUGGCCCCGCCCCUCCCAGGUACUGGGGGGUCGCCAACGGUCAUCUUUAACUCUGGACUGGCAGAGGGUCCACUGAAGUUAUUCUCUGUGAAGAUAAAGAAGCCCAUCCAGACUAAGUUCCGGAUGCCGGUCUUGAACUGGGUCGCCCUCAAACCCAGUCAGAUCAACGGGACCGUCUUCAAUGACAUCGAUGAUGAGGCCAUUUUACAGGAUCUGGAUGUGGAGGUCUUCGAGGAGCUCUUUAAGACCAAGGCCCAGGGUCCGGCCGUCGACUUAACGCUGUCGCGACAAAAGCUUCCGCAGAAAGCUCCGUCCAAAGUGUCGCUGCUGGAGGCCAACCGAGCCAAGAACCUGGCCAUCACCCUGAGGAAGGCCGGACAGGGGUCAGAGGUCAUCUGCCGCGCCAUUCAGACGUUCGAUCUGCGGACAGCCAGGGUGGACUUUGUAGAGUGUCUGAUGCGCUUCCUGCCCACGGAGGCCGAAGUGAAGUUACUCCGACAGUACGAGAGGGAUCGAAAACCUCUGGAAGCGCUGAGCGACGAGGACCGCUUCAUGAUGCAGUUCAGCCGCAUCGAGCGCCUCAACCAGCGCAUGUCCAUCAUGACCUUCAUGGGCAACUUCAGUGACAACGUGCAGAUGUUAACGCCGCAACUCCACGCCAUGAUUGCUGCCUCGGUUUCUAUCAAGUCAUCUCAGAAGCUGAAGAAGAUCCUAGAGAUCAUCUUGGCUCUGGGGAACUACAUGAACAGCAGUAAAAGAGGAGCAGUGUACGGAUUCAAACUACAGAGUCUGGACCUGCUCCUGGAGACUAAAUCCACAGAUCGGACUCAGACGCUGCUUCAUUACAUCGCUAACGUGGUCAGAGAAAAGUACCCCACCGUGUCCGUCUUCUAUAACGAACUUCACUACGUGGACAAAGCUGCAGCAGUGAGUCUGGAGAACGUUCUGUGUGAUGUGAAGGAACUUCAGCGUGGAAUGGAACUGACCUGGAGGGAGUUCAGUGUCCAACACAACAGCACCCUGAAGGAGUUCAUCAGCAGGAACGAGUCCAGACUGAACAAACUGCAGGAGGACGCACGCAUCGCACAGGAUGCGUUCGAGGACGUGGUGAAGUUUUUCGGUGAGAGUUCGAAGACCAUGCCCCCGUCCGUCCUCUUCCCCAUAUUUGUGCGAUUCAUUAAAGCCUACAGGCUGGCUGAGGAGGAGAACGAGCAGCGGAGGCGUCAGGAGCAGAUGCUGUUGGAGAAACUGGAGCAGGAGGAGCAGCAGCAGCAGGAGGAGGAGGAGACUAAG